UUCCUCCAUCUAAUAUCUGCCUGCCCAGUACACUCCACUCAUAUAAAAGUUGGAAGAAGCUUCGUAGUGAGGGCUCACCCAAACGCGUGAAAUUGCUGAUAGAUAUCGAUUUACCCGAUUUAACCCUGACAUGUAAAUCUUCUUCUUUUGUGAUCUUUUGGUACAGAACUUUCCUGUUCAGUCUUACCGUGUUGUGUUGGGAUCUCCAUUUUAUUUUUAUUCUCCCUGUAAUCCAUCAGUCUUCAGAUCCCAUUAAAUCCCACUUCCACUCUGCUCUUCUUUGUUUUCUUCCAUUUCUGGAGAUGGGAUCAUGGGAGUUGGCCGCCCCUCCCUUUCUUUGAAUUGCGAUUAUCAGAUUCACUUUAAUUGCAGAUUUGGAAUUUGAAAUCCCAUUUUGUUCAAACAAAAGGUCUGGGUUUUGCAGAGGUUGUGUUUUAAUGGGGAAGACGGGCAGAGACUGGACGCAGAUCUAUGCGAUUUACGGCGUCGGCGAUUGGCAAACGCCGCUCUUUCUCUUCAUCCACGCCGUCUUCUUCUCUGCUCUCUCUGUGUUCUUCCUCGUAUACUUCGAACCAAUUUGCUGCUUCUUCCAGCAUUUCGUUCCCGGCCCCGGCGCCGCCGGAUUUGCCGCUGGUUUCACCGGAUCCGUCACCGCCCUCUCCGCGGUCUGCCUCUUCUUCGCCGCCGGGAACAUAUUCUACUCCUCUGUCCCGCUCCACUGGGAGAUGGCGCAGCGCAUGGUCAACGCCGUCGGGGACUGGUCCUCCGUCAAGAAUGCCCUGGACCUCGGCUGCGACAGGGGGAUCCUGCUGAACGCCGUCGCCCUCCAGCUGAAGAAAACCGGGUCCUCCGGCCGGGUUGUCGGGUUACACCCGGACCAAGAUCGGUCCCUCUCCAUCCUCCGGACGGCGGGAAUGGAGGGGGUGCAGGAGUACGUCACGUGCCGGGCGGGAAACCCGAGGACGCUCCCGUUUGGAGACAACUACUUCGACGUGGUGGCGUCGGCGGCGUUCGUGCACAAGGUGGGAAAGGAGUUCGGGCAGCGGAGUGCGGCGGCGGAGGCGGAUCGGAUGAGGGUGGUGGAGGAGAUGGUGAGGGUGCUGAAGCCCGGCGGCGUAGGGGUGAUGUGGGACCUGGUGCACGUGCCGGAGUACGUGAAGAGGCUGCAAGUUCUGAAGAUGGAGGACAUCCGGGUCUCGGAGCGGGUCACGGCGUACAUGGUCAGUAGCCAUAUUGUAUCAUUUCGGAAGCCGAGUCAGCAUCUUGUGGGGGCCCAUGAGGUGCGACUGGAUUGGAGAUUCAAUAAUAUUUGUUGAAGCUUCAGAGAUAUGCAGAUUCUGAAGCUGAAAUGGGAUGAGAAAUUAAAGGAUUUGGCACAAUUUGCUUUAAUCCUUAAUCAUUUUUAUGAUUGCAGAUAUAGAUUGUAAUUGCUGUACUCCAUUAAAAAUAUCUGGGGAUACAAAGUGGAACCAGAGGCAUUGUAAAUUCCAAAAAUAAGUUUUACGUACGCCUAGCUGAAAGCGAUUUGGCACUGAGAUCUACGGAAUAUGGUUUUAAUGCUUCUUAUUAUUUACUCCGUACCUUCAUCCGCU